ACAGUCCUGACCACUCCAGAGAGCCCUGAGUGUGCUCCGAGACAGCUGAGGGUGCUCUGGGCCCCUCCACAACCACCUCUUGGAGAUCUUCACCUAACCCCAGUUUCAGGGUCAAUCCGCACUGCUUGGGUCCGAGGAUGGAAGGAGUGGACAGGCCUCAUGGUUGCAUGCUACCGAGGCUUCGAGAGUGUCGUGGCCCUACUCAGCCGCUGUCCUUUCCUGGAUGUUAACCAGCAGGACAAAGACAGAGACACAGCCCUCAUGCUGGCUGUCCAAGCAGGCCAUGUGCCUCUGGUGAGUCUCCUGCUCAACUACUUCUCCGGCCUGGAUCUGGAGCGCUGGGAUCAGCGGGGACUCACAGCACUGAUGAAGGCUGCCAUACAGGACCGCGCUGAGUGUGUGGCCACCCUCCUCAUGGCUGGUGCUGACCUGACCUCCGUGGAUCCUGUCCGGGGCAAGACAGCCCUGGAGUGGGCCCUGCUGACGGACAGCUUCGACAUGGUGCGGAGGAUCCGGCAGCUGCUGCGGCGGCCCUGGGCAGAACAACUCUGCCAGCACUACCAGCUUGAAUGGCCGGCCUUGGCCCAGGCCCAGGCUCGGGAUACCCCAUUCUUCCUAGAAAGGUUGCAGGCCACCCUGAAUCUGUCCUUUGCCCGGUGUCCUCAGGAAGGGGGUGUCCUGGACCACCUUGUGGCUGUCACUACCAGCCUGGCUAGUCCCUUCCUUGCCACUGCCUGCCACACUCUGUGCCCUGAUCAUCCUCCCAAACUGGGCACCCGAGGCAAGUCUGUGCCAGAGCUACUAAGUACUACUCUACCUCCUCCCUUGUCUCCCCAGCCUCCCCAAGUGAUCCGGGGCUCUCAAGUCUUUGUCUCCUACAACCCUCAGGGCAUGUUCUCUCAGUGGUUACAGCCCAAGAACCAUACCAGGUCCUUAGUACCCAAGAUCCUCCUCUCCAAGGCACCUUCAUCCCCCAGCCAGUCCAAGUUGAUGAUGCCCAGAUGUGAAAGGCAUCAAAGUCUUGCCCUUCCUCUCUGGCGAUAUCAGGAGCUCAGGAUGAAGAGAAAGCAACAAGAAGAGGAGCUCAGGAGGGCACAGAAUUAGAGGAAGAUGGGCUAGGCCACCUGGGAGCAAGCAACCAUUUCCUUUCCUAGGCUCAAUUCCCAUCCAGAGCUUCUUAUAAAGCCUUCCCACUCACCUCUGCCUAAGUGAAUCCUCUUCCAACCUAUGGACAUGGUUAUUCGGUACGGCAUUGUUUGUAACAGCAGAAGAGUAGAGCCAACCAAGUGUUCGUCAGUAGGGAGUUGGCUGAGUUGAUUAUGGGGUAGUUACUGUGCACCAAUACCCUGCAUUCUAUGCAAUGCAUUCUAAAGCAAGCAUAAGAGCUGGGCACAUUGAUGCACACCUGGAAUCCUAGCUACUCACAAGGCUGGGGCAGGAGGAUCACAAGUUUGAGCAAGAC